AUGACAGGAGAUAUACCCCGGAGUCACCGGGCAGCGAUGAAAUCCCGCAACAUCGCCCUCCUCAGUAUCGUUGGCGUCAUCGGAGGCACAUGGCUGCUCUUCCGGAUGAUGGCACCCCAGAAAGGAACGUAUGUCGCCAGCAAUGAGGAAAUGGAAGCCUUCCGGGGAGGCGACUCGCUGCAGACCGACACGGGCAACAAGACGGCCACGCCGCCGCGGAAGGGGUACUCAGUGCCGCGGGGGUCGAUGUGA